CCAAUCAGAUUUCGGGAAGCUAACUCUUCAGUUUCCGGCUGCGGUCGCAAGUAAAAAAAAAAAUUUUUAAACAAACUUUUGGAAGUGUUGGACUUUGUGCAGCAGAUAAACAGCCCUUCUGUCAGUGACCCCUUCCCGUUCCAAAGUACAUGACAGUAGCUGACACGUCGCCGCUCGCCAUGCCCGUGCCAGCGGAGCGCUGCCAUUUCUCCGACGCGGCCUACACAUCCCCGGCCUCGCUUACUCCCCCUGCCCCGAUUAACGGCCAGCAACCCGGCGUGGCCACGUCGCUCCUCUACAGCGGCUCGCAGUUUCGAGGCUACCAGAAGAGCAAAGGGAACUCCUACGACGUGGACGUCGUGUUGCAGCAUGUGACCCCAGAGGACUCCUAUUUGUGUGGCUAUUUGAAGAUCAGGGGCCUGACGGAGGAGUAUCCCACGCUCACAACAUUCUUUGCUGGGGAAAUCAUAAGUCGAAAGAGACCCUUUUUAACAAGAAAGUGGGACGCAGAUGAAGAUGUGGACAGGAAGCACUGGGGCAAAUUUCAACCUUUUUAUAAAUUUGCCAAAAUCUUCAACUCUGAUGACUUUGACUACGGGGUGCUGGAACGCAGCGAUUAUGUCUUCAUGAGAUGGAAGGAGCAGUUCCUGGUUCCCGACCACACCAUCAAGGACAUCAGCGGCGCAUCGUUUGCAGGCUUCUAUUAUAUCUGUUUCCAAAAGUCCACCGCCACUAUUGAGGGUUACUACUACCACCGGAGCUCUGAAUGGUACCAGUCACUAAACCUCAACCACGUACACGAGCACAGUAUGCCCAUUUAUGAAUUUCGCUGAAGAAAAAAAGCCGACACUCAAGCUUGUCAAGAAGAAGACUGCAAAAGCUGUCCUGGUCUCCUCAAAACAUAAAAAGGAUGGAGAGCCACUUCCUGUCCAGACAGGACUCCACUGUCGCUCCUGUGGAGGACCCGAGGAGGGAAAGGCGAGUGGUCACGAUGAAGAGACAACUCACUGUGGUUGAAGACAGGAUGUCUCGCUGAACUUUUUUUUUUAAAUGUCUUAAUUACAACUUGAUUUUAUUUUUCAUUAUUUCACAAAAUUAAACACCUAACAACAACUCUA